AGUUAUAACAGAUAAUCACUCAAGUUAUGUGAUGGCAGGGAGGUUGUUAGAAUUAAAGCGCCCACAUUUGUAUUGGACACCAUGUGCUGCACAUUGCCUUGACUUGAUGUUGGAAGAUAUUGGAAAGCUACCAAACAUCAAGAGGACAUUGGAGAGGGCUAUAUCACUAAAUGGGUAUAUUUAUAAUCGCUCAGGGCUACUCAACAUGAUGAGGCAGUUUACUGGACAAAGGGAAUUGCUUAGGCCUGCUAAGACUCGGUUUGCAACUGCUUUCAUCACAUUAUCGCGAUUGCAUGAACAAAAAAACAAUUUGAGGAAGAUGUUUACAAGCUCAGAUUGGUCAGAUAGUAAAUGGGCAAAAGAGCAGAAGGGGAAAACUAUAGCCAACAUAGUUCUAAUGCCUUCAUUUUGGAACACUAUUGUGUUUUGCUUAAAGGUUUCGGGUCCCCUAGUUCGUGUGCUUCGUUUGGUUGAUGGUGAAAAAAAAGCUCCUAUGGGAUACAUCUAUGAGGCCAUGAAUAGAGCUAAGGAUGCAAUUGUGAGAAGUUUUAAUGGAAAUGAAGAGAAGUACAAAGAAAUCUUCAACAUCAUUGAUAAGAGGUGGGAGAUUCAGCUUCAUCGGCCUUUGCAUGCAGCAGGGUACUUUUUGAACCCGGAAUUCUUCUAUGAUAAGCCAGAAAUAGAGCAUGAUGCCGAGAUUAUGAGUGAUUUGUAUAAAUGCAUCUUAAGGCUAACAAGAGACCCUGCUAAGCAAGAAAAAGUUGUGGCCGAAGUGAGUUUGUUCACAAAUGCCCAAGGACUAUUCGGGAAUGAGUUAGCUGUUAGGACAAGAAAGACUAGAGCACCAAGUUAGUUAUUUAGUUUUGUUUAUUUAAAUGAUUAGAUUGUAUUUUUGCUAAAAUAGGUGAAUUGUUUCACUAAAUUGUUAAUAUCUAUACUACAGCUGAAUGGUGGGCUGCAUAUGGAGCUUCAGCUCCAAAUUUGCAAAAGUUUGCAAUGAAAGUCCUCAACUUAACAUGCAGUGCAUCAGGUUGUGAACGGAAUUGGAGCAUCUUUGAAAAUAUUCAUAGCAAGAGGAGAAAUAGGUUAGAUCAUCAACGCUUGAAUGAUUUGGUGUACAUCAAGUAUAAUCGAGCCUUGAAGAGAAGAUACAAUGAACGUAACACCAUUGACCCAAUUUCCUUGAAAGAUAUAGAUGAUAGCAAUGAAUGGUUGAU